AUGCUAUUCAAACAGCAGGUGUUGCUGAGACAGAAGCUCUUUGUGCUGGGCAGCCUUGCUAUUGGAAGUCUCUUAUACAUAGUUGCCAGAGUUGGGAGCUUGGAUAGACUCCAGCCCACAUGUCCCAUAGAAGGUCAGUUUGGGGACCAAGAGCAAAUCAUGCUUCGGGCAUUACAGUACAAACGAGGAUUGUCACAUGAUUUACGCAAAGGCAAUGUAACAAAGGAACAAAUCAGACUACACAACAUGGUACAACAGCUUCCCCAGGCCAUUAUUAUCGGUGUCCGCAAGGGUGGGACACGCGCCCUUCUCGAAAUGCUGAACUUACACCCAGCUGUGGUCAAAGCCUCACAGGAAAUCCACUUCUUCGACAACGAUGAAAACUAUGCUAAGGGUAUUGAAUGGUACCGGAAGAAAAUGCCCUUUUCCUAUCCCUAUCAGAUCACUAUUGAGAAAAGCCCAGCAUACUUCAUCACAGAGGAAGUCCCCGAAAGAAUUUACAAAAUGAACUCAUCCAUCAAAUUGUUGAUCAUUGUACGUGAGCCAACAACCCGAGCCAUUUCAGAUUACACUCAGGUCCUGGAGGGCAAGGAAAGGAAGAAUAAAACCUACUACAAAUUUGAGAAGCUUGCAAUUGACCCCACUACCUGUGAGGUAAAUACUAAAUACAAGGCUGUGAGAACUAGUAUAUACACAAAACACCUUGAGAGGUGGCUCAAGUACUUUCCCAUUGAGCAAUUUCACAUUGUGGAUGGUGAUCGACUGAUAACUGAGCCAUUACCUGAACUGCAGUUAGUGGAGAAGUUUCUGAAUCUGCCCCCCAGAAUAAGCCAGUAUAAUUUAUACUUUAAUGCCACCAGGGGAUUUUAUUGUCUACGGUUUAACAUUGUAUUUAACAAGUGUCUGGCAGGCAGUAAAGGACGGAUACAUCCUGAGGUGGAUCCCUUGGUUGUGAACAAACUGCACAAGUUUUUUCAUCCUUUCAAUCAGAAAUUUUAUCAGAUCACUGGGCGGACAUUUAGCUGGCCAUAUAAGUGA